ACUUGCGCGCUUACUCCCGCGCUGCACAUUUCCCCAGUCCGGUAAUAGCAGGCUGCAGCGUGAGCUGAGUUCCGUGAGGCGAACACGGAUACAAGUGUUUGCGCUGCUUAGGCCUGUGUAGCUAUGGGAAGGGAGUCCAGGCAUUACCGAAAACGCUCUUCCUCAAGGGGCCGAUCUGGCAGCCGCUCUAAGAGUCGCUCUCCACCCGAUAAGAGAUCUAAGCGAGGAGAUGACCGUCGCUCAAGAAGUCGGGAUCGAGACAGAGAUCGUCGUAGGGAGCGAUCUCGCAGCAGAGAUCGUAGGAGAUCCCGCUCCAGAGACAGAAAGCGCCCAGGACGCCGGCCAAGCAGGGAGCGGGAAAGGAGUCGAGAAAGGAGAAGGUCUCGCAGCAGAGAACGUAGGAGAUCCAGGAGUAAGAGCCGCACCAGAAGGUCCCGUUCAGCCAGCCCAAGCAAAAACAAGAAAGAAAUAAGAUCAAAAUCUAAAGAGAAAACAGAUGGCACAGAAGCAUCCAAAGAGAAGAAAAAAGAAAAGGAUGACAAAGAGGAAGAAAAGGAAAAAGAGAAGGAUGUUAGUAAUUUUGAUCAAAAUAAAUUGGAAGAAGAAAUGCGCAAACGCAAAGAGAGGGUGGAAAAGUGGAGAGAAGAGCAACGUAAAAGAGUUGUGGAAAGCAUUGGAGAGCUGAAAAAAGAAAUUGAAGAAAUGAGACAAGGGAAAAAAUGGAGCUUAGAAGAUGAUGAUGAUGAUGAUGAAGAACCCACUGAGGGAGAAAAGGAAGGCGAGGAGGUAGAGGAUGAGCUGGAUCCUUUGGAUGCCUAUAUGGAAGAAGUAAAGGAGGAGGUCAAGAAGUUUAAUAUGGGGAGUGUGAAAGGUGGGAGCGAAAAGAAAACUGGCCCAACUGUCACAAAAGUAGUCACUGUGAUGACAACUAAAAAGGUUGCUGUGGAGACAACAAAGAAAAAGGGAGAGCUAAUGGAAAAUGACCAAGAUGCUAUGGAGUAUUCAUCCGAAGAGGAAGAAGUUGAUCUUCAGACUGCUCUCACAGGCUUUCAAACUAAGCAGCGCAAGUUGUUGGAGCCAGUAGAUCAUGGGAAAAUAGAGUAUGAGUCCUACAGGAAGAACUUUUAUGUAGAAGUUCCAGAGUUGGCCAAAAUGACAACAGAAGAGGUGAAUAGUUACAGACUGGAACUGGAGGGCAUCACUGUGAAAGGAAAAAACUGCCCCAAGCCAAUCAAAUCCUGGGUCCAGUGUGGUAUAUCUAUGAAGAUUCUGAACUCGCUUAAAAAACAUGCAUAUGAAAAGCCCACUCCAAUACAGGCACAAGCCAUACCUGCCAUCAUGUCUGGUAGAGACCUUAUUGGCAUUGCCAAAACCGGAAGUGGAAAAACCAUUGCAUUCCUUUUACCAAUGUUCAGGCAUAUUAUGGACCAGAGACCUCUGGAGGAAGGAGAGGGUCCGAUAGCUGUCAUCAUGACUCCUACUAGGGAAUUGGCUUUACAAAUAACAAAAGAGUGCAAGAAGUUCUCUAAGACCCUUGGACUGAGAGUUGUCUGUGUCUAUGGAGGAACAGGCAUUAGUGAACAGAUUGCUGAACUUAAACGAGGUGCUGAGAUAAUUGUGUGCACACCAGGCCGUAUGAUUGAUAUGUUAGCUGCUAAUAAUGGUAGAGUGACCAACUUACGGCGUGUUACAUAUGUUGUGCUUGAUGAGGCAGACAGAAUGUUUGAUAUGGGCUUUGAGCCACAGGUCAUGAGAAUUAUAGACAACAUUAGGCCUGACCGACAGACUGUUAUGUUUUCUGCCACAUUUCCAAGAGCCAUGGAAGCCCUAGCUCGGAGGAUCCUGAGCAAGCCCAUAGAGGUGCAAGUGGGAGGGAGAAGUGUGGUAUGUUCUGAUGUGGAACAACAUGUGAUUGUCAUAGAGGAAGAAAAGAAAUUUCUAAAACUGCUGGAGCUUUUGGGACACUAUCAGGAAAAGGGGGCAGUGAUUAUAUUUGUUGACAAGCAAGAGCAUGCUGAUGGAUUAUUGAAGGAUUUAAUGAGGGCAUCUUAUCCCUGCUUAUCUCUCCAUGGAGGUAUUGAUCAGUAUGACAGAGACAGCAUUAUCAAUGACUUCAAAAAUGGUGUCUGUAAGCUGCUGGUUGCUACCUCCGUUGCAGCCCGAGGACUAGACGUGAAACAAUUGAUAUUAGUUAUCAAUUAUGCAUGUCCAAACCAUUAUGAGGACUAUGUGCACAGAGCUGGGAGGACUGGUAGAGCUGGAAAUAAGGGAUAUGCCUUUACCUUCAUCACAGAGGACCAGGCCCGCUACGCUGGUGAUAUUAUCAAGGCUUUGGAGCUGUCUGGCACGGCAGUCCCUGCUGAACUUGAGCAACUGUGGAAUGAAUUUAAGGAACAACAGAAAGCGGAAGGAAAGAUAAUUAAGAAAACCAGCGGGUUCUCUGGUAAAGGCUUUAAAUUUGAUGAGACCGAACAGGCUUUGGCCAACGAGCGGAAAAAACUGCAGAAAGCAGCACUUGGCUUGCAGGAUUCGGAUGAUGAAGAUACAGCUCUUGAUAUUGAUGAGCAGAUUGAAAGCAUGUUCAAUUCGAAGAAGAGAGUAAAGGACAUGGCGGGACCUGGUGGUGCGGCAGCAACCGGUGCCCCAGGAAUGGUUGGUGGUGCUGUCGGAGCAGGCUCUUCAGCUAAUGCAACAUUACCCACUGCAGGCAAUGCAGAGAAACUGGAGAUUGCAAAGCGUUUGGCUAAGAAACUCAGCGUGAACAAGAAUUUGGGAGCAGAAGCUCAGGAUGUAAUGCAGCAGGCCACAAAUGCCAUACUUAGGGGAGGUACCAUACUGGCACCCACUGUCUCUGCGAAAACCAUUGCGGAGCAGCUGGCUGAGAAGAUCAAUGCUAAACUUAACUAUGUCCCAGUAGAGAAGCUGGAGGAGGAAAAGCAAGAUGCAGGAGCCAAUGAAUCCUUCAAAAGAUAUGAGGAGGAACUGGAGAUUAAUGACUUUCCACAGACCGCCAGGUGGAAGGUGACCUCUAAAGAAGCUCUGCAGAGGAUCAGUGAAUACUCCGAAGCAGCCAUUACCAUCAGAGGAACAUAUUUCCCACCUGGCAAAGACCCCAAGGAAGGAGAGAGAAAAAUUUACCUGGCAAUAGAAAGUGCAAGUGAACUUGCUGUGCAGAAAGCCAAAGCAGAAAUUACACGGCUUAUUAAAGAAGAACUUAUCAGACUGCAAAACUCCUACCAGCCAACAAACAAAGGAAGAUACAAAGUUCUAUAAAGUGGAGAGCUCUGGCAGCGACAUCAUCGGUUUUGUUUGUGGUCUCGUCUGUUUCCACAUUCUGUUGUAAAUUACAUUUAUUUUAUUUUAUCUUCAUUUUAAAAGUUAGUGUCAGUUGGUAAAGCAUUUGUGAAAGAACAACUAUGGAGUAAAUCUACAUUUGGAUCGCUUUUUUAUUUCUCAACUUGUCAAACCAUUUAGUAGGAAAGUUUGUACAUUUUCCAAUGUCGUAAAUAAAACUGAAUUUUAAUUUACAGUU